CAAAGGGCAACAGGGGCUGUGACAGAAGGCAAACAUUCACACCAAAACCAGAUGUGGAACUGAAACAGCAAGGAGAAAAGCAAGAGCAUCAGAGGGCUGCUGAUGGAGAGUCUCGAGAUGGAUCCGGAAAUGCUCUAUCCUGAGAUAACGGUAGAAGUGGGCAGAGUGACUCUUGGAGAAGAAAGCAGGAAGGAGAUGACCAAUUGCUCUUUGAAAAGAACUGAAAAUUCUAAAAUCAUCCAAGCCACAUGUGCACUGUUAAAUUCGGGAGGGGGUGUGAUCAAAGUGGAGAUUGACGAUAAAAACUACAGUUACCGAUGCCACGGGCUGGGGCUGGAUCUGGAAACUUCUUUGCAAAAGCUCCUUCCCUCAGGUUCACAGAAAUACCUUGACUACCUGCAACAGGGGCACAACCUCAUGAUUUUUGUGAAGUCGUGGAACCCAGAUGUUUUCAGCCUCCCCCUAAGGAUUUGCAGCUUACGCUCCAAUUUGUAUCAGAGAGCUAUGACCUCCACUGUCAACUUGGGUGCCAGCAAUGCCUUGGAGCUUCUCCAAGAGAAGCAGUCUAGAGCCCAAAGAGGAAGGUCAAGGGUGAAGGAGCUGCAUCCUCAGAAAGCUCUUGACCAGUACACUCAGGAAGAGGAAGAUACGAGGCUGUGUGCCUCAGAAUUUUUGCAAAGAGACAAGCUCAGGUAUAAGGACAAACUCAACUUUACUGAGUCAACACAUGUCGAGUUUAAAAGGUUCACCACCAAAAAGAUCAUCCCUCGGAUUAAAGAAAUGCUGCCUCAUUAUGUUUCUGCAUUUGCCAAUGCCCAAGGGGGAUACCUAAUAAUCGGGGUGGAUGACAAGAGCAAAGAAGUGUUUGGAUGUAACAGAGAAAAAGUGGACCCUGACUUAUUAAAAAAAGAAAUAGGAAACUGCAUAGAAAAAUUGCCUACCUUCCACUUUUGCUGCGAAAAGCCAAAGGUGAACUUCACGACCAAAAUCUUGAAUGUGUACCAAAAUGAUGUCCUUUAUGGUUAUGUCUGCGUGGUUCACGUGGAGCCCUUCUGCUGUGUAGUAUUCACAGAGGCCCCAGAUUCCUGGGUCAUCAGGGACAAUUCUGUCACAAGGCUGACGGCUCAGCAGUGGGUGACCAUGAUGCUGGAUAUUCAAUCAGCUCCCUGUAAUUUGUCCGCAGACUACAGCCUUCACCAGAUUUCUCCAGCUUCCUCUACACCAAGAGGCACAUCAUGUCCCAUCAAAGUCCUGGAAUUUAAGAGGGCUCUACAACAACGCUUGUUUCCAGUGACAUGGGAAGAGACACAGUUUCAACCAGAAUCCCUCUGCAAGAAGCUCUUCUCAGAUCAUAAAGGACUGGAAGAACUAAUGAAGACACAAGUUAAUGAAGACACAAAUUCUCCGGGGAUUGUGGUAUUUUCCAGAAGCUGGGCUGGUGAUGUUGGCUUAAGGAAAGAGCACCAUGUCCUGUGUGAUGCUCUCCUGAUAGCCGUGAACAGGCCCCUUGUACUCUACACAAUCUUAACAGACCCCGCUUGGGAUGGGGGGCGUGUGUAUGCCCGCAACACUGCGCAGCAAUUAAAGCAGAAACUGGGAACUCUUGGUGGUUACACAGGGAAAGUGUGUGUCCUUCCGAGGCUGAUAUGCCUGCCCGGCACACAGUGUAGACCUGCUGAAAUCCCCUUACGCUACCCCCAAUCCUACAGGCUGGCUGAUAAGGAUGAAAUGGAAGAUUUGCUGCAAGCCCUUAUCGUGGUCUCACUCUGCUCCCCAUCUGUUCUGAGUGACCAGCUGGGCUGCGAAUUUUUCAAUUUGCUCAUAGCAGAGCAGUGCGAGUUGCUUUCAGAGAGCCUUCAGGAGACACGAGAAUUGUUCCUCCACUGCUUUCCAGGAACCAGGAAGACAGCCCUAGCCAUAAAGAUCAUGGAGAAAAUUAAGGACUUGUUCCACUGCAAGUCCAAAGAGAUCCUCUACGUUUGUGAAAGUGAUGCCUUAAAGGAUUUUGUGACCCAGCAAACCACCUGCCAAGCAGUGACCAGGGAAACCUUCAUGCGAGGGGAGUUUCCAAAGAUCAAACACAUAGUGAUGGAUGAGACUGAGAAUUUCUGCAGCACCUAUGGUGACUGGUACCUGAAGGCGAAAAGCAUCACCCAUCCAAAGAUGAGGGGCGCCGGAAGUGAAAGUCUUCACCGCGGGAUUCUCUGGCUUUUUCUGGACCCUUUCCUAGUCCGCCAUGCCGCUCGCAGUGGCCUUCCCCCUCCGUCUGCUCAGUUUCCUCGAAAAACCAUCACCAACGGGAUCCACUGUGCUCUGGAAAUAGCAAUGGUCAUGAAAGAAGAAAUGAAAAGGAUCCAAGAAAAUCCACACUCCAAUGUGUCUCCAGACACAUUGGCAUCGUUCAGGGAAGCUGCCUACGAGGAGGCAAUGUGUCACCAAGCUCUGCCUGGGGUGUUCGAGUCAGAGACAAACCUGACCACAGAAGAAAUGGCGAAACACGUGGCAGAAAGAUGUCACAGCCUGUUCCAGUGCGGCUAUCUGCCCAAAGAUAUAGCAAUUCUGUGCCGGAGAGGGGAGGACAGGAGACGCUAUGAGCUUGCACUGCUAAGAGCAAUGGAAUUAUUUGAGACCCACGGAACCACAAAGGUUGCCUUCAGCCAGGCCUCUGGUGUUUUGGAUGGUCACAUCAUUUUAGACAGUAUUCAGCAGUUUUCAGGCCUGCAGAGGAAUAUUGUGUUUGGGCUUAGUCCAGAAGGUACCCUGUCAGAGGAAGUUCAUAAGCUCCGUUUUGCCUCGAGAGCCAUUAAACACCUCUACCUGCUUUAUGAAAAGAGGGCAGCCUUCUGAAAGUUCCUUCACACACUCCAGGAAGGGCGAAAGAGUCCCUGUUCCCAGGCAGAUGGCAGCUGUGCCUUUUACAACGAAGGAAAUCAAGGCACGGUCAGUGUGGCGUGGAGCCUCAGAAAUAUCUCUUGGGACUGGCCCUUCUGGUCUAUUUGCAGUGUCACUGUCUUUUUCCCAUUUCACCUCUUCCCUGGGACUUGUCACUGCUCCCUUGCCUCUGGUUUUCCUCGUCCAAUCCAGGCUCCAUUUUGCCAACCACAGAGGUUCUCCUCAAAUACAGAAGUGAUUUUGUGACAUCCCUGCUAAUGUAUCUUCCGGGAGCCACUGCAGUCUUUACACCAAACUAAUUUUCAGGGCUUCCCGUGAUUCAUCCUGACUUGUUCUCCUAACGCAUCCUUUAUUAUACCUCCAUCUUUCAGUGUUUUCUAAUGAACCUCUGCCUUGCUGGCCUAUUUUGGGGGUGGGGCAGGGUGCCCUUUAGGCAACUUUCAUUGGGCAGCUCCAGCGUAGCCCCUGGGUUGGUACUUUAUGCUGGCUGUGGGCCUCAAGCUUUAGAUUUCCUCUUGAUACUAAGGCUGGAUCAGUCUCUUGGGGAUGGUUUUAUGCUAAUCAAGCUCACCAAAGACCAAUGCACAAAUGAAAAUACCAUUGUGUCCAUUUACGGUGAGGAUUGUAGUUAUAAAUGGGCCGGAUGUUUUUGUUACUUAGCACCUUUGGUAGCAACAUAGGAAGCCAAAUUAUACAUGCAUAGCUUUGCAGCAAGGGGAGCUGGUAAUCCGAUUCAAAUGUAUGAAGACUUCAGGCUAUGUUAGACUACUGCAAUCAUCUUCCAAAUAGGGAUAUUUCCAACACAAGGACUAGACAAGUCGAAUUUCCAAGAGGAAGCAAAUUUGGAAUGCUAAAGAUGACUGGUUGUUCCAUAGUCUCUGCCUCAGAUGACAUAUUUUAGUUUCUAAUGUUUCCAGGUUGGCCACCAACCUUCUCCUCACUCUCCCCAACACCUGCCUAACUUUGCUCACAUUCACCCUCUACAUUUUAAUACAUUCAUCCUCUACCUGAUAAUACAUUCGUCUAGAUUAGAAACUUCAUACUUUCUGCUGCUGGCCCAUAAACGUUCUUUGCACAUUCCCGAUCUCUUCCAUCAUGAUUUGGUGUUAGUUUUCCAAUCCAGCUCUGAGAGUUUAUGGGGAGCUUGGAUGGCAAGUCCACCACUUACACUGGCCAUGCAUAUGCCUAGCUCCUGGCUGUGCCUGUGCGAUUCUUAGCCUUUAAAUUCCUUCCUGCCCCUUCUAUCUGUUGACAUCCUUACGUAUCAGUCAAGUUCUUGUUCAAAUGCCUCCCUUCUCAACUAAGCGUUCAUCAUCCCCCUAAGUUAAACUUGGUCUCUCCAUUUGCAGUCAUUCUAUGGCUUAAAUUUUUUUUUUUUUUUUGAUAGCAAAAAACUCAUUCUAAACUGUGCCAAAGGAGUAGUUGCUGGCAUAGCAGAAUCUAUGUAAGACCUUCCUAUCAUGUAUUCUUUCCAAUGUAUGUGAAAUACAUUAGAAAUAAAAUUCAAGUUCCCUUUUUCUAGUCAACUCCUAAAAUAGCUAAGCUAAUCCUGUGCUCACAAAGGCAGUCUUGUUUUUCUCUCUGCAAGGAUUUUUAAAUUGCUUGAAAAGAUUAUGACUUCUAGACUGUGUUUAAUUUCUAGGAAGGUUUAGGAAGAUUUUAUUGAUGCUGGAGAGGCAUGAAUCCAGGAGAAAGUAUGGAAGGUAUUCUUUUGGCUAUAAUUUCAGAGAAAGCUCAUCACCUUUCUGGAGUUGCUACGGUGGUGAAGCAGUAACCAACCUGACUAGUAUCCGUGAAGAAGCAGGUUCGAUCCCUGACCUCAUCAGCUUUCCAAGAGGCGGGAGAGCAAACAGGGCUUGGAAAAGUGCUCUUAGCUGCCUCUCAGAACUGCUCAGGCCACCAAACCAACCAGUCUAAACCUAGUGGUCAGCUGUCCUGCUCCUGAAUUGAACAGAAGCACCUCCCCCUGCCUCCUGGUGCUUCAAUUACCUGAAAAAAUUUCCUCCUUUUUACUUUUCCUUGGGGGCUUUAGGGUACUUUCAGUGGGAGAAAAUAGCACUUUAAAGUCCAACAAUUAAUUAGUUUUUGAUGAACCAAAACAUGUUAACAUUUGGAGAAGGGGAUAUGUGUGAAUUCUCUGAAAAUAAAGAGUCGAAAGUGGAGAGGAACGGAAGGAACGGGGACUGCUAAAUUUCAGUCAUAAGCUUCAGUACCAUUUGACUUUAAACAAGCUGCAUGAUUUUUGAUAAAAUAAUUGAUUUUUUUAAAGAAUUUUUUUUUUUCCUGCACUCGCAGCAUGCAGAAGUUC